UGACCGCUGCGCAGACGCUAUCAGAAAUUAUCCGAAAAGAACGCACGAAAAAUGUUUAACGCCAAAUUGUAUAAUAAAUCAAAUGCUCUAUCGAAGACUAAUGCAAUAAAGUAUCUAGAAGAAUAUAAGAAUAUAAUCAAUUGGAAAAUGGACUCAACGAUCCUAGACAUUGGUUGUGGCGAUGGCAGUUUGACAUCAAAAAUAUUCAAAGAAUUAAUUCCAAACUGCAAGACCAUGACAGGCUGUGACAUAAGCGAAGAUAUGAUACGAUUCGCAAAUGAACACUAUGCUUCGGAACGUGUUAAUUUCACUACCCUUAACAUAGAGGGAGAGCUGCCGGAUCACCUAAGGGAACGUUUCCAUCAUGCCACUUCCUUUUUUGCUUUUAACUGGUGUCCUCGUCAAGAAACUGCGUUCCAGAACACAUACGAUAUCCUUAGGGACCAUGGAAGUUGUUUCGCGAUUGUCACCGAAAAAGUAUCAUUAUACGAUGCAUACAGGACCCUUGCUGAAGCCGAAAAAUGGAAGCCAUGGGUUAUUGACGUAGAAAGAUAUAUAUCUCCUUACCAUGACAGUCAUAAUUCCCUUAAAGAAAUGGAACAAUUAUUAGGCAAAAUUGGAUUUACUACAACAAAAUUAGAACACAAGAUAAUAUUUCACGACUACGAAAAUCAAGAGAAUUUAAAAGGUGGUAUAAUGGCUGUAGUGCCUUUCAAGAUCCCGGAUGAGUUAUAUGACGACUUUUUUAUAGACUUAAGCCAAGAAAUGCAGAUGUUUGACACUAAAAAGUACAAUUUAAAAAAAUCUACUAACGACUCUGUCCUUAACGUGCAAAUACUCGUUUUAUAUUUUGAAAAAAAGUAAUAAUGUCUGAAUACGUGUUUUGAGCAUCAUUAAUUGUUCUAAAAUUCAAAUGUAACCUUGAUA